ACCGUAAGCGAAAAGAGGCGCACCAGCUGCUCCUGACGUAGCAGAGCGUAGACUAGCGGGAAGCAUUCACGUUGAUUUGGGUUGUUGCAGAAGCUAGCCGCUAUCCUGUGAACUGGGGAGUCAUUAGGAGGAAUUUGAGGCAAAAUGUCUUCACCAACCCAAGCAGAAGAUGACGACGAAGCGGAAGAAGUGGAGUUUGUAUCGGAGGGCCCUAUUAGACCCUUACUGGAAUGCAUCGACCUGCUGAGUGACAGCGAGGACGAGGGAGGCUCGUCGCCGGCCGGCAGGCUCGAAGACAAAAUCGACAAAGACAGAGCUCACGCAGUGUCCACACUCGACAGACUGGCGCAUAAGGUGGCCCAGGAGAAAAAAGAGAGGGCAGAUAAAUGUAAAGCAUUUAAGGAAAAACAGAUCUUACAGAAAGCUCAUGGGCAGCAAGAGUUGGCCUGCUCUUCAUCAAAUGGCGUGAACAUGGAAGCGAAGCGCUGUGUGGAUAUGUGGCUGAGGAUGCCAGGCCUUAAGCCUGGGGUGAUCAGUGCUGGCUCAGGAAGAAGACGCACCCACGCUGCUUUCCCUAGAAGCAGUCCAGCUGGUCACACUUGUCCGGUCAUCAACUGUGGCCGCGUGUACGAGAACGUCUCCCUCCUGGAAGGGCACCUGAAACGGUUUGAUCACUCUCCCUGCGACCCAGCAAUCCACCUCAGAGGCAGCCCGUCUGAGCUCUUUGCCUGCGUCGCCUGCACCAUGCGCUUCCAGACCAAGGGAGAAUGGAAAAACCACGUGGAGUCCAAGAUAUCCUCAUCUAGCCCUGACGGCCACAGCUCGGCUCAGAUUUACCAGCGCAUCGUGUGCUUCGCCUGUCCCGCGUGCUACCUCAUCUUCAACUUACGAGACGAGUGUCUUCAGCACAUGUCAGACAGAAACCACUUCACAGAGUCUCUCCUCAUGACCGAAGAAGUCAAAAGAACAGCGCAGCCGGUUCCUGUCCCGCCACACGUCAAGAACCGCCUCAUCGCUUUGUGCAAGGACGUGCCUUUCAAGGUCCGCUGCUCCUUGUGUCACCAGGUGCUGGUGUCCCAUCAGACAGCUCAAGCUCACUUUAAUGUGCACUGCAGGCAAGGCUGCGCUGUGGCCAAGUCUGACAAAAGCAUAGUGGAGGUCGCGAAGCAGCUUCAAGUGCGAGGCCAGUGCGUCCUCUGCUCGGAAAUCUUCCUCAGCCACGCCGAGAUGGAAAGGCACAGAGAGGCGACGCUUCACGAGGUGGAGGUCAAUCAGAGCAUGGCCAAGGCGCUCCUGCAGUACAGCCGCUUCGCUGAGAUCCAGCAAACCCAGAGAAAAGCAGAGGCCCGGGAGAGAAGAAUGUCGUCUGGUCUCGAGGCUGACUUUCACAAAAGAAAGGAAGGAUUGGACUGCGGCGGGUUUUCAGCCAAACGGAAGAGACCGGGCCUGAGUGUGAACGCCAGCAGCAGGACCUCGGUGACGGCUUGGUCCUGCGAGUGCGGCCUGCAGUUCUCCGAGGAGCUGGACGCCAGUAAGCACCUCCUGGCCGCAAACCAGGUUUUCCACCAGUGCGGCGUGUGCGGCAAGCUCAUGGGGGAGCUUUCAGUCACCCGCCUGCACAUGAGCCGCAUCCACGGCGGCGCGCACCUCUCCAACUUCCUCUUCUUCUGCCGCAAGUGCAACGUGGAAACGGCGCGGCGGGAGGACAUCCUGCUGCACGUGUCCGAGGCCCACCGCGGACACACCUACCUGGCGGAGAAGGAGGUUCCCUGCGAUGGCGCGGCCGUCCCGGACGCCAAAGCCUGCACCAGCGCGGAGGACGCCGCGCCGGCCCCGCGCGCCGCGGCGUCCACAGCGGAGACGCCGCGGCGCGCGUGGAUGUGCCGGAUGUGCGAGGACCUGUUCGACUCGGAAGCGGCCGUCUCGGAGCACUGCGGCCGGGUGAGCAGCCACAGCUUCCAGCGCUUCGUCUGCGGCCACUGCCCGCAGAAGUUCUUCAAGGAGUCGACGGUGCGGCGGCACUGCGCCAACGAGCACGGCGGCGAGGUGAGGAGCGCCUACUUCUGCGGCCUCUGCGACAGCAUGCGGUUCGACACCGAGGACGAGUUCACGGACCACUACGGCAGCCUUCACAGCAAGGACUACUACUGCGUGGAUGAGGCCCGAGUCGUUCAGCCGCCCACCGCCGAGGACCGCGGCCGGGACGCGUGCCCGUGUAUGGGCGGGGAGCAGCCGAAGGAGGAGAAGAAGGCGACCUUUACCCGCUGCAUGAGAAGCCUGGCCGCCGAGGGAAGGUGCCGGUACACGUGCGCUCCCUGCGGCGUGUCGCUGCCGUCCUACGCGCAGAUGAAGGCCCACGUCCACACGACGCACGCCGCCUUGGACCUGGACAGGACCUUUGACGUGGUCUGCCAGGAGUGCCGGGAGAGCUGCAGGGGUGUGCCGCGCUUCCACAAGCACUACCACGCCCUGCACUGCGCCCUGGAGCCGUGCCGGAGCUCCAGGGCGCGCGCGGGGGACCCGAAGCCGCCACCGGAGGCCGUAAGCGUAAUAGACGCCGUCGAGGUCAAACCAGGAAGUGAUGAGAUUGAAGAUGAAGUGCUGGUGAAGGUUUUAAACAGCAGUAAAGCCAGUAGUGAGGGAGAAGCGCAUGAAGGUGAGCAAGCUAAUCAAGCAGAGGAAGAGCUGCGGCGUGCGCUGUCUUUGAGCGUAGAAGAAGCAAGAGAGUCUGCAGAUUUGGAGGAAGCUCUUCAAAGAAGUGUUUUGGACUUCUAAGCACUUUGUUUUUCUUUGACGUGCGGUCGGUCGACUACACACGGUUCAAAGUUUUCUACAUGGUCAUCCUGUGAUAUAAUAAAGAAAUCUUUCUUGUUUUA